AUGAACCCCUACAUCUCCUCCUUUCUCCUCUAUUUCCUCUUCACAGCAAUCCCUCCCUCAUCACAAUCCUUCACACAAGAAACCGAAACUCACUUACACUUAUACUUACACGAGAACUUCACUGGUCCAAAUCCCACUUCCAUAACAGCCGUGACCACAAGUACUCCAUCCUCCUUCGGAACAAUCAGGGUUUUCGAAAACGAGCUAAGAGAAGGAGCAGACCCAAUCUCGAAACUUAUUGGGCAAUCUCAAGGGACAGGCACCACUGCAUCAAGAGAUGAAGGAUCGAGCCUUGUCGAAGCAAAUUUUGUGUUUACGAUUGGCGAGUAUAAAGGAAGUACGCUUGCCAUAUUUGGGAGGCCAAUACGACUAUUAUUGAGUAGUUGGGAAGUGAAUGUAAUUGGAGGGACUGGGAAGUUUCGGCUUGCAAGAGGAUAUGCUAUUGGUAGGAAUAUUGUGGUUGAGCCUGGCAGGAAUAUUAUCGUGGAAUUUGAUCUUUACUUCAGGCAUCAUGGUGCUGGUUGCUCCAAGCCCUCAAGUGCAUCCUACUGCUUGAAUCUCAAAGAACCAAGUGUUUGUGCUACUUGA